GAAGCCAAUAAAUUGUCAGAAAUCAGGCCACACGCACAGUGUUGGCAGCUUGGUCAAGAGAUCCCCGCGCGACUGCCGAUAAGAUAGUUAGCCUAUUCUUCAAUUCCAUUCGUGGGGCACCGACGUCAGCUCGGAGCACCCUCCAGUUGUUGAACAGACAGCCACGUUCUUGGCACAGCCCAUACUUGCAUCUACGAUCUCUUGGGCUUCUUGUGUCCAACUUUUCUUUUGCGCACUGCGUUGACUGUUUUACCCCAGCAACCUAGAAUCCGUAUUCUUUCUUUCACAAAUACCCCGUAGACCUCGUCAGGAGCAAAAACGAAACGACCGAGAGGCCAUACGCAUACGAAUACCUUCCUAGACACGUAAUUUCAUCAUGGCGCCCAAAAAGAAAAUCGCCGUUAUGACGUCCGGCGGCGACGCCCCGGGCAUGAACGCAGCUGUUCGCGCCAUUGUCCGCAUGUCCAUACAUCUGGGUUGCGACGCAUUCUGUGUUUAUGAAGGAUACGAGGGCUUGGUGCAGGGAGGAAACUUCAUCAGGCAAAUGCAGGCAGAGGACGUCCGAGGCUGGCUCUCCGAGGGCGGAACGCUGAUUGGUACGGCACGGUGCAUGGCGUUCUACGAGCGGCCCGGACGUCUCACCGCGGCCAAGAACAUGGUUCUUAACGGCAUCGACGCACUCAUUAUCUGCGGUGGAGACGGUUCUCUAACGGGUGCCGACAAGUUCCGCGCCGAGUGGCCUUCGUUGUUGGAGGAGCUUGUAAGCAAAGGUGAACUGAAGGAGGAGCAGAUUGCCCCUUACAAGCACCUCAACAUCGUUGGACUUGUGGGCUCGAUCGACAAUGACCUGUCUGGAACGGACGCAACGAUCGGUUGCUACUCGGCUCUCUCUCGAAUUUGCGAGAUGGUCGACUACAUCGAGGCCACCGCUGCAUCACAUUCCCGUGCAUUUGUGAUUGAGGUCAUGGGAAGGCAUUGCGGAUGGCUUGCACUACUCGCCGGAGUUGCCACUGGUGCUGACUUCAUCUUCAUCCCGGAGCACCCUCAGGAGGGCAACUGGAAGGAGGGGAUGUAUGCCGUAGUGGAAAAGCACCGAAAACUGGGCAAGCGCAAGACAAUCGUAAUUAUCGCCGAGGGUGCCAAUGACCGCAAUGGCAAGAAGAUCACACCCGAGGAGGUCAAGGAUCUGUUGGCAGACAAGAACGGUCUGGCAUUGGAUACAAGAAUUACUACACUAGGACACGUCCAGCGUGGUGGACGAGCGGUUGCUUACGACCGUAUCAUCGCCACACAGAUGGGCGUAGAGGCUGUCAGGGCCGUCAUUGAGGCAACGCCCGAGACGGAGACUUGCUUCAUCGCUGUCAACGAAAACAAGAUUGUCCGCAAGCCUUUAAUGCAGGCAGUGAAAGAUACGAAAAAGGUGGCCACAGCAAUCGAGGCCCAAGAUUUUGACCAAGCCAUGUCGCUUCGUGAUUCCGAGUUUGCAGAGCAGUACCAAUCGUUCCAAAUCAUGACCACGCCGGAACCGGCCCUGCUUCUGCCAAAGGAGAAGCGUAUGAAAAUUGCCUUCAUCAACGUUGGUGCUCCAGCAGGAGGCAUGAAUGCUGCCAUCCGCGCCGGUGUACUGUGGUGUCAGUCCCGGGGUCACGAGGCCAUUGCUAUUCACAAUGGUUUUGCAGGAUUCGCCAGGCAUCAUGGCGACAAGCCCCUUGGCGCCGUUCGGCCGUUCGAUCGACUUGAGGUGGACGGAUGGGCAAGCAGGGGUGGAUCAGAGAUCGGCACGAACCGAGAAGUGCCCAGCCAGUCAGGUAUGGAACUGAUCGCGAAACUAAUUGGGCAGUACGGCUUUGAUGCAUUGUUUGUCAUUGGCGGAUUUGAGGCCUUCCAGGCCGUUUCGGAGCUUCGGAGGGCACAAGAGGAGUACCCUUCACUCCGAAUCCCCAUGGCUUUGCUGCCAGCGACCAUUUCCAACAACGUUCCGGGUACCGAGUACUCGCUUGGCUCCGACACGGCCCUGAACGCCUUGGUAGACUACAGUGACAUGAUCAAGCAGUCCGCGGCGGCCACAAGGCGACGUGUCUUCGUCAUUGAGACGCAGGGUGGCAAAUGUGGUUACCUGGCUACCUUGGCCGGCAUGGCCUGUGGCGCAAGUGCUGUCUACACCCCCGAGGAGGGUAUAAGCCUCGACAUGCUGGCUGCAGAUGUAGCCCACCUCAAGGAGAUCUUUGCGCAUGACAAGGGACAGUCACGGGCAGGCCGUCUUGUCCUUGUCAAUGAGAAGGCCAGCAACGUUUACAACGCUAAGCUCAUCGCCGAUAUCCUCCGUGAAGAAGCUCACGGUAGAUUCGAGGCUCGAGACAGCAUCCCUGGUCACGUGCAACAGGGUGGCGUACCUUCUCCAAUGGAUCGCUCGAGGGCUGUUAGGCUCGCCAUCAAGUGUAUCCAGCACCUGGAGCAGUAUGGUCCGAAGCCGCAUGAAAAGGUCAAGGCUGACCCAAGAAGCGCCGGUGUCAUUGGGAUUCGCGGUGCCGAUGUCGUCAUGACGCCGAUGAAGGAGGUGGAGGACACGGAGACGGACUGGCCAAACCGCCGUCCCUUGAACGCUUUCUGGACCGAGAUGAAGGAGAGCGUCGAUAUUCUAGGAAGCCGAGGCCCUUACCCAAGGCCUGAGCCGACUUUGAAGGGGCUUAAGGCUAAAGAUGUCAAACGUGGACUGGAGUAGGAAACACGUCUGGUUGUUUAAGCAUCCGCUCCAUGUUACUUGGCCUUGGCGUGCUGACGCAUGGCCUGCCAAUAACACAACCGGCACAAAAUUCUAACUGAAGCAUGGUUUAAUGACAAUAUGACGUUUUUUUUGGAAAUUAUAUCUUAUUCCCCUUGGCUUAGAUCUGCGGUUUUGUCAUUCGCCUGACUUGAGAUUUCUGAAUUGCGACGAGCUUGAUCGUUCUUAUUUUGCGAAAUGUUGUCGCACCACGCGCUCGCGAACUCAUUUUCUCCUCAAGCAACCUUGUCCCUGGGUUUUAACCAUUCUUCCUGGUUUACUGUCGGUAUAGGUAUGAGAAUAUAUCUUUAUCGUAUUCAUUUUGGCAAUGUCUCACAGGGCAAGGGCAUCAGAAUUUCUGACAAGGGUCUUACUCAGCGCACAACCGAGAGAACCCUUCGUGUGGCUGGCAUGUUUCUCCACUCCCACUGCACUGGUGAUCUGCAAUGGUAUGGAGUACGAUGGCUUCACCGAUGCAGAUUUUGUUUCCCUUCUCUUUACAAGUCGUCUUUGCCGAUUAUCUUUUGCUAUUCUUUUGAAUUUCUCGCGGGACUUGUAUUGGCUGCGUAAGGAAAGACAGCAGGUGAGCUGUCCACUACAAGAAAGCGAACAUGUAUUCGGCGUCAAAAGAAUCUUCCUUCUUUAUCCUAUUCCCAUGUUCGUCAAUCUCGAGGAACGAGGACGUGGGGUCUUCUUAUGUGCACCGCUGUGGGGUUAUACAAAGCUCAGGGUUGCAAUUUUUGCGGUAUCCUUACCCCAUACCCUAUUUGCUUCAGAGCAACUCAUUGGUGUCCUCGUAAACACAAUUUCUCUCAUUAAAUGGCAUCAAUCCUUCAUACCCCCAUUCUCAAUCGUACCUGAA